AAAUGCGAUGGACAAAUUCGCCAUGUAGCUGAUUAUUUGCAAUGGAAGAAAAUAGAUUCUUUGUUUCCAAAUUUUGGCAAAGAGUCGAGAAACCUUAGACUUGGACUUUCUACUGAUGGAAUGAAUCUGUUUGGUAAUCUAAAUACUAACCAUUCUUCUUGGCCUGUUCUUCUGAUGAUUUACAACUUAUCUCCUAGGUUGUGCAUGAAGCGUAAAUAUAUUAUGUUAUCGAUGAUGAUUUCGGGCCCAAAACAACCAGGAAAUGACAUAGAUGUUUAUCUAAGUCCACUGAUUGAUGAUUUAAAAGUGUUGGGGAGGAAGGGGUGGAUGUUUUUGAUGCGGAUUCUGGUGAACAGUUCAAUAUGCGUGCCAUGUUGUUUUGCACCAUCAAUAAUUUUCUGGCAUAUGGAAAUUUGUUUGGAUAAAAAGUUAAAGGGCAUAAAGCGUGUCCUAUAUGUGAAAAAGACACAAGUUACCAUCAACUUGAAAAAGGAAAGAAGAUUGUUUAUCUCGGGCAUCGAAAAUUUAUAAAUCAUUAUCAUCCAUAUCGUAGAUUUCAGAAAGCUUUCAAUGGGGAACAAAAGCAUGGUGUUGCUCCAAAGCCCUUAACUGGAGAGGAAGUUUAUCAACGACAACAGGGCAUUACUGCUGUCUUUGGAAAGUACCAAAAGCGACCUCACUACGCCAAAAAGGAUUUUACACAGCGCUUUCAUACAAAAGCACUGCUAUAAGUGAAAUAAAAAAUAAAACACGGAGACUGUAUACGAUAAUCUCCCAGAUUUGUUUCCUCUUCUCCCUCACGCAAAAAAAAACCCUAAACACCCAAAAAACAGUGUUCUCCCUCACGCAGCUCCGUGCUCCGCUGCCCCUCUCAACUUUAACACACUCGACAGCAUUCACUCGAUGACAUUCAUACAAAGCCCUAAAUUCACAAGGUCUCUAAAAAUUGGAUCAGCGCUCUUCUCUUGGUUACCCCGUCGUCGGCACCUACUCGUAAUUUUCUUCACCUCUCUUUUACUUAUGUGUGUUCGUUGCCCAAUUUUUGUUGUUGUUGUUGUUGUUGUUAGAAACGAGAUAUUUGAUUUCGCGGUUAUGAAUGGUUCGGAUCUUAGGUAUCUUAUAGGAAUUAUCCAAAUCCGGAUUGUCUGUUUGUCCUAGGCAUUGGUUUGAUAGUUAAUACUCGAUAGUAUCCUAGUAAUUUGUAUGUACUAUACGUAUAAAGCACAAAGAUGGCUGUGCUUGGAAUGAAGGAGACUGGGUGUCCUGUUUAGGUUACUUAUGGAGGCUAUGUUGUACAGUUAUUCAAGGUUUAUGCUUUCAAGCUUCUUUCAAAUAUUAACACGGAAGAGCGGUUUUAGGAUUUAGGAGGUGAUGUUGUAUAUAAACUAAUAAAACAUCACUGAAGAUAGUUAUAAGUUUGUUUACAUGUACUAAGUCUGAUCUAUCAAUGAAUUUAAGGUUUGGUCUGUUAUUAGUUAGUAGAUUUAUUUGGUUUUGUGUGUAAUAUGGUAGUAUAUUUACUUGGUUUGGUCUGUAAUAUGUUGGUAGAUUUAUUUUUAUGUUUGAGUUUGACAUUUAUAAAAAUCUGAUAGGAGCCUGAAGUUUACUAAAGACUUAUUUCUUUAUGAAUAUAUGAAUGUAAAAUGAUAUGAUUAUAUAGAAAAACGAAUAAUUAGUUAUUAGGUCCAUAAGAUAUAAAUUUAUUUUGAUAUUUAAUUCUUAGUAUGAUAUUUUAGAGAAAAUGGUUUUAUAUGAUAUUGUAGUUUAAUUAUAAUUCUGAUAUACAAGCUGUUAGGAAUGAUUUUUUGAUAGGUUAAUGGAAUACAACUUGAAAUAAAUAUUAUGAAUGAUAUUGUGAUAGGUUUUUGAUUUUGGCCACAUUCUCAAUCCGUGAAUAAUUAAAAAAAACCUUAAUUUUGAGGCCGAGAUCCUGCUCAUAGCUUUUUCAAAACCUUGUGUUUCUCUGCUAACUGAAUCUGCCUGUGUUUGGAUUUAAUCUUCUUGUCUAUGCAGUGCUUGUUUUCAACUCAAGAGCUCUUCAUUGUUUCACUUUAACUCUUAAUGCUUUUACAGUGACAUCUUAAUUCUAUAUACUAUUAUAUGUCUUCUAAUUGCUUUAGAAGUGGUAGAAUGUGUGUUCUGUUAUUUGGAUCUCUCUAUUUUGAGUAGCUUGUCUUUUAUCAUAUUAGAGAUGUAGAUUCAUUGAAAUUGUUUAGUUAAUUUGAACAGAGUCUAAAUUGUAGUGUAUAUAUGAAAAGGUUUUAGAAAAAUUCAAGAGUCAAAUCUUUCUUCAACUUUUAAGAGAUUAGGUUAUGAUGAAGGAAUCAAGAAGAGUAUAUAAUGCUGCAUAUUUCAAAUAAAACAAUAGCUAGAUCUAAUUGAAUACAUAUUGUUUAUUGCAACUAGUGUUGCUAUGGAGAAACCAAGAAAACAUAUGGAUAAUAAAACAAAAUAGAUGAACUAAUUUGAAAUUAUGAUUAGAGUCUCAAGUGCCUUUAAAUUAUUGUUUAAAAAAUUAAAAAUAAUAAUUUUGUACUAACUUCUUAAACCAUGCAAUACAAUGCAUGAAUGUCUAUUUUUAGGAUUAGAUUAGGUGUGUAUUUUGUCAUUAUCUUAAUACAAUGCAUGAAUAUCUGUUUGUUAACAUUAGAUUCUAAUAUUUUAAAACAAAGUGGAAUGAAGUGUGUGGUCAAUGGAUACACGUGGUUUUCCCUAACACCUAAGGUUAAGAAUCCUACUGCAUAAUAUAUUUAAAUACUUAUAAAAUAAAUCAAGAUUAUAAAAUAAAACAAUUUUAACUCUAAUAAUUUCACUUGAAUAGUUCUCUAAUAGUUUCAUAUUGUGUGGUGUAAAACAAUUUUGUGUGGUGUUCCAUUUUCCAAUGUUUUUUCUCUUCAAUUAAUUAUAGUGUUUUUGUUUAUUGUUCUCUAAUAGUUUCAUCCGUCGUCGGCACCAAUAACCCCUGACUUUCUUUGGUUAAUUAGAUGGCUAGUAACGAGAAUCAACCACAAGAUGAUACUAUUGAUGAUGGAUAUCAUGAGAACAUUGCUGAUCAGGAAGCAGAAAUUAGAAGAGGAAUAACACUUAUGAAGAGAGUCAUUCGAGAUAGAGACCGAGGCAUACUUUUAGAUGCGCAUUGGAGCGAAAGUGGCCUACUAAUUGAGCCUAACGGUUCAAAGAUUACAAGUUUUAUUGGUACACUCGUAAGGAAUGCAAUUCCAAUUACUUGUGAUGAUUGGAGAGAUACAAAUUUGGGAAAAGCUAAAGACAAACUUUGGAUUGAGAUACAGAGGAGUUUCAACAACUUGGAGGAUAAUAGAAGAAAAAUUUGUCUCAAAUUGGCCGGAAGACUACUAAGAGGGUUUAGGACUUUUUUAACUAGGAGAUAUCUUAUGGAUGCGAAUAAAAAUUUUGUUGAUGCAGAUUAUCCAGAAAGAUAUAGCAGUUUGAUUUCACGUGAAGAAUGGGUAACGUUUAAAGCAAAACGAAAAAACCCAAAUUUUCGGAGUAGAAGUGAAACAAAUCGGCAAAGAGCAUCAGGUCCCCCAUAUCCAUACAGAAAAGGGCGUAUGGGAUAUGGACGCUUAGAACAGUCUAUUUUAACAAGGGAGAGUAGUCCUGAAACAUCUGUUCCACCACAUGUUUUGUGGAAGGAAGCCCGUGUAGGAAAGGAUGGAGUUGUCAAAGAAGAUGUUGAAAAAGUUUUUGAAAAAUGCGAGACUCUAUCUCAGUCUAUAUCUCCAGAUGAAAGCAAUGAUUGCAGGAGCAUACUUAGCCGCGCAUUAGAUAUUCCUGAAUAUUCUGGUCGAGUGAGGGGUAAGGGAUUUGGAAUCACUCCUACAUCCUUGAAGAUGAAAAAACAGAAGGCUCCUAGAAAUAGAGAACUGCAGGAAACCUUGUAUGCACUACAAGCUGAAGUCCGCGAAUUGAAAAGGGAAAAAGAAUUAAGAGAGCAAGCUUCGGGUUGUAAAGCUACUAGUGACAAAGGUAGUAUCGGUUGUAAUUUUCAACCGAAUCUUUCAGAGGGCAUUUCACCUUGCCAACUCUACUUAUCGUCACCGACUUAUUGGAUGGUUGGCAAGGGAAAAGUGCAUAACACUUUGGGAGAGUUACUUCACACUAGACCGCUCCCUACUGGCUGUUUGAAAGUAUCGGUUGACAUUGCUUUAGAGAAGGAUGCGUUAUUACCGCAUCCUGACGAUGUUUCGGAUGCCACAUUGGUGGGAGAUGCAAUAGGCUCGUUUGUUGCAUGGCCGUCAAGCCUCAUUAGUGUAGAUGAUGAGACUCCAACAAAAUCCAAAGCAAAAGACAAGGAGCUUCCGCAGAAAAUCGAGUCAGUUGCAUCAAUAAAAGAGAUGCAUGCUAAAGAGAUUGAAGAUGUCAGUAAGGGUAAGAAGCCUAAAAUGGUUGUUCCUAAGAAGACCGCAGCUAAGAAAAAACCUACUCCCAAUAAGUUUAGGUCGUGCCUUUUCACAUUUUUACAACUCUCUGAUAUUCCGCAAGGAAACACCUAUCUUGUACCUAUGGAGGAAGAUUUGUUUGGUAUUGAGUAUCAAGAAAGAAUUGGUAUGGAGGAUUUUGAACAAAUUUUUGAACAUACGCAAUUAGGCCUCGGUAUUAUUGAUACAUACAUAAGGUUUUUGUAUGAAAAAUUGAUGCACCCGAGUGGAUUGAGGCAAAGAUUCGCUUUCUUAGCUCCCUUCAAUACCAACUUAGGGUUAAUCAUAUCUAAACCGGAUGAAGUCAUGGCUGGACAUUGGUUUUUGGUCGCGAUUAAUCCUAUCAGAGAAGUUGUAUAUUUUCUGUAUUCCUUACACAAUGAUCUAAUUAGUACAUACGAAGCUAUGAAGGAGUUGGUUGAUACCGUUAUACAAGUUUUUCGAGCACAGAGAGGAAGUCAAGUACCAAAGAGUAAAGCCAACAACAUCACGUGGAUUCGAGUGGAGUGUCCUGAGCAGUGUAAUGAAGUAGAUUGCGGUUUUUACAUGUUGCGAUUUAUGAAAGAAAUUCUUCUUUUGAAUCAAAUAGAGAUUCCGUCCAAGUACUUUGAUGACUUCAAGUGUGCUACUUACUCAAGAUCUAAGUUGGAUGAACUUAAGGAGGAUUGGUGUCAAUUCAGGAUUGAGUUGAAAGUUGAAUAGGUAUAUUGAAAUCUUACUAUAAUUGAUGAGAAUUUUGAGUAUAGCCAAGUGCAUGUUGCAAUAUUUGAUUUAUCUACAUAGAUUAUUUAGUGAUAUGUAGGCCGUUUGAAAUACAUUCGUGGCAAAUGUAGAAUGGUUUUAUGGACACUAAUGUAGAAUGUUUUUCAACUUUA